AUGGUUGAGAGGGUGUUGGAGCAGAGCAAAGCGUUGUCUCAGGUUCUGUCUGAAGACAAGAAGACACGUCACUUGGUCCACACUUGGCAGGACACAGAAGUCCUUGAAUCAAUAAACAAAGCCAUUGGUCCUCUUCAGGAAUUUACAGAUGCCCUGUCUGGUGAAGCCUAUGUAAGUGUGUCGUACCUGAAGCCAGUUCUCCAUCUCCUGAGAACAUCAACUCUGACUAGAAGCGAUGAGGACACAGAUCUUACCAAGGAAAUAAAGUCAAGAGCUCUUGUCUACAUUGAAGAUAAAUACAGCAAUCCAGCCACACAGGAGCUGAUGGACAUGACUUCGUUCCUUGAUCCUAGAUUCAAGACUGACUACAUAAGUGCAGAGAAUGUCCCACACAUCAAAGAGCGAGUGAAGAUCGAAAUGGAGCAGGUGGCACGAAAGGAAAAGAGGCUCGUCUCAGCACCACAGAUGCACCACCAGGGUGCAGCAAAGGCAGACCCAUCCACCACAGGGAAGGGAAAGCGGUCACUGGGCAGCUUCUUCAAGAGCAAGGUUGUCCCUCCUCUUUCCUUCACUAUGGAGCUGGAGGAUGCCAUUAAAGCUGAACUGGACAACUACCUGAUGACUCCUACUAUCGAUGGAGAGGAAGAUCCACUGGCCUGGUGGAGAGUGCACAAAGUUAACUUUCCAUGGCUGAGCAAACUGGCUCGUAAAUUCCUGUGCUUACCAGCCACCAGUUCGCCAUCAGAGAGAUUGUUUGGUGCUAGUGGAAAUGUUGUCACAUGUCAGCGCUCAUGUCUAAAACCAUCUAAGGUUGACAUGCUGGUUUUCUUGUAAAAAACUGUAAAGAGUGAUGUAGAGAUGUCAGGGAAGCAAGUAUUGUUGUUAAUUAAGUACUUUUGAGAUUUUGUUUGUUCUGCAUUUCACCCUGACUUGUAGUGUCAGCCUUUGUUUAAAAAAAUAUAUUUGCUAUUUUUCAGGAAAACUGCU